GGACAAGGAAGGAGCUUUUUGCCUUGAGAGUUGUGUCCAUUCUUCUUUUCUUUUCUAAGCGUUCGAAUAAAAACUUGACCAUGUCGUCCGAGUUCACCGACUCGUUCACUCAGCCCGGCAGUGACGACUCAGUCCCGGCCACCGGGUGGAGUCGCCCCUUUGACGAUGACGGCAGCGUAGGCUACGACUCGUUCUCCGGGACUCAGUUCGUCGACUCCGAGUCUCUUAAGGAUUCCCCCACUGACUCGCCGAUCUUCCAUGGCUCCACCGGGCAACCGGUUCCCUUGGCCCAGUAUCCUCCGUCGGCCUACGGCGAGCCCAUCCCGAAGGGCUCCGAUGGAUCGGACGGUCCGAUUCUGCCUCCUACAUCGGAGAUGGACCGCGAGGAGGGCUUCGCUCUCAGAGAAUGGAGGCGAGAGAACGCAAUUCGGCUUCAGGAGAAGGAAAGGAUGGAGAAGGAGUUGUUGAAUCAGAUAAUUGAGGAAGCCGAUGAAUACAAACUCGAGUUCUAUGAGAAGAGAAAGAUCGCUUGUGAAAACAACAAAGCUUCCAACAGGGAAAAUGAGAAGUUGUUUUUGGCCAAUCAAGAGAAGUUUCAUGCUGAGGCUAAUAAGAACUACUGGAAGUCAAUCGCCGAGCUUAUUCCUAAUGAAGUGCCGACUAUAGAAAAUAGGAGAGGCAAGAAGGAUCAGGAAAAGAAGCCAUCCGUUGUUGUCAUCAAAGGUCCGAAGCCCGGAAGGCCAACUGAUCUUUCAAGGAUGCAGCAGAUACUUGUAAAACUGAAACACAACACACCUGCCCACCUAAAGCAUGCUCCACCACCACUGGCAGCCCCCGGAAACGAUGCUAAAAGCACUGCAGCUCCCACUGCAGCAGUGGCCUCUGCGGCUGCCCCCGUUAAAUCUGUGGCUGUUGCUUGAUAAUUUGUCCCCAGCUUUCUUUGUCAGUGUCUCUAGAUGAUAUUUCGUUGUAAGUUGUAAAAGGCUACUCGGUUAGAAUGUUGUUUUAAUUUUUGCCUUUUUAUGUAUAAGAUAAGAAACCGGGCAUCAGAAGAGGGCAGACCUUCUAUUUGUUAUAUAGUAUAUCGUUAUUAUAUCAUAUGAUAUCUUAGUGACAAUUCAACAAUAAUUUUUUACUUUUCUUCAUUUAUUUUUUGGGGU